AUGGAGAUCGGACCCGCAGAUCCACUUCAACCGCCUUCUCCGAUGCUACCAAUACCAAAAGAGAAUGGAAUGCACAAACAAUCGAGUCCUGGAUCGAUUUUGACGCAAAUGUACGCCAUGAAUGCGCCUCCGAUUCCACUGGUGGAAGCUCGUACAAUUGUGAAGUUCAUCUUGCUCGCUUGCAAAAUGGGAACGUCAGCUCUGAGUGGAGCCAAUCGAAGUUCACAGUCGCCGCCACUGGUUCGAGAACGCGAUAUUUUCGAACGGAUGUUCAAAUACUGUGUUCAGUGCUUAGACGUUUAUAUGAUCCCAUACCCACAACCUCCAUCACGCAUGCAAGUGCCAAACAGCGUUCCCGGUGGUACGAGAUCGAAGGAGGAGAAGGAUGCUCUGGAUGCGCUGGCGUAUUUGUUCACAAUGCUAAACUUGGACGUUUUCGGUGAAAUAUUCACAAAGUACAUGGACUUUUUUGUGGUACGCAUGGCGAAAAAUCUACCACUUCAACUGGCAUGUAAUGCCUUUUUGGUCCGAGCGGAUGUUUCCUUCAGAUUUGGAUGCAUAAUUGUCAAGUACCUCAUGGAUCGGUUACCAUGUUUAGCAGUGAUGAAUGACGUCUCAACGUUAUACGUGAAACUGUUCAAGAUUAUCUUUUCCGCAAUUGGCUGUCAAAAUUCUGCCAGCCCUGAUGGAGAAAUUAUGCUCAAACCGUAUUUGCCUGAACUCAUCCGCAAGUCGAUGGAAUAUGCGCUGAGUGCACGAGAUCCUAUCAACUAUUUUAUGCUUCUUCGCGCUCUGUUCAGAUCAAUUGGCGGUGGUCUUCAUGAUAUCCUUUACUCGCAAUUUCUGCCUCUUCUGCCAGAUUUGAUGCUCUUUUUCAACAAGCUGCAGUGGUGUGAUCAUCGUCAAAUGAUGCGAGAACUUUUCGUCGAAUUAUGUCUUACCGUACCUGUGAGACUGUCCACUCUACUUCCUCAUUUGCCGCUGCUGAUGGAGCCGCUCGUCUGCGCUCUCAACGGCGGGCCCAACCUGGUUCAGCAGGGCUUGCGUACGCUCGAGCUUUGUGUAGAUAACCUGCAGCCUGAUUUCUUGUUCGACAAUUUCUCUCCCGUUCGUGGAGGAAUGAUGCAAGGGUUGUACAAAAUCGUUGGGAAGUCUGUGGAACCGCAAUCGGUAGCAACAGCGGUACGUGUCCUCGGGAAGUUUGGUGGCGCCAAUCGCAACAUGUUCACGGAACCUCCGAAUUUGAAAUCUCAUCUAAAAGGCGAUCAACCUCCAUUUACUAUUCGUGUGGCAUUUGAUCGGCCAAACACUUCACAGACCUUUUUCUCGACCAUCUACGGUGAUUUGGCGCUCACUGAGAUUGUCCGCACAGCGCUGAAACAAAUGCGGCUUGAUCCAUCUCAUCAGCACUAUUCUGUACAAGUUCGACAGUACGCGAUGGAGCGGCUCGAGAAUGCUCCUGAUAGUUGCACCGUUCUGCGAUGUGCCCGCGAAGGAGAUCGUGCUAUACACUCGGAUGCUCUUAUGAUUUUGUUUUGUAAGCGUUACCUGUCAGGC